CUCCUCGUGUUUUAGCAUCAAAACAAUAUUCAAGACAAUAAAACAACCCGGCUAUUUUAUAAAUAUAAUAAAUAUUAUUAUAAUUAUUAAUUAUAAAUAUCAUCCAUGUGAGUUGAAAUAUUUUUAUUAUUAUUCUGACACUGACAACCGGUACACAAACAUUAGAAAAACGAAAAUAACAAAACACUCAUACAUUUACGUCAAAACAAAACAUUUAUAAUGCACAAUUGCACCUGUCAAUAAUCCUCCAAAAUUAUUGACUAAUAUUACCAUAAAUAUUGACAUAUAAAUUGUCAUAAAAACUAAAUUAAUUAAACAAUUUUUAUAUAAACAAUUUAAGGAUUAUAUUAAGGUACGUGUUUUUUUAAAAAAAAUAAAUACAACAACGUUUCUUUUGGAAUGACAGUAGUAAUAUUGCGUGUGGAGUAAAUUUAUAAUAAAUUAGUGAAUUUUUAAUGUAAAAUAAAGUUAAAAAAAAAAAAAAAAUUAGAAACUAAUAUUGUGAGUAUAAAAAGAGGGGCACCAGUUAUAAUACUGCGUCAGUUUUCAUUUAUUUUUUUCCUCAGUGUUUCUCUGGUUGUAUGGAUACACAUAUUAAUUCUGUCUGCGCUUCUUACUUAACUCGUUCACUGAAAUAAUAAAAAUAAAAACAAUCAACUAUUUUUUUUUUUUUUUUAAUUUUUAGUUAUGAUUAUAUUUGUGGCCAGUUUUUCCAGACAACAGUGUAACAGUUGAUGUUAAGCUUGCGUUCAAAACAUACCUGACUUGACUGAUCAACAAUCCUUAUUUUAUAAAAAUCAAUUUAUCAAUUUAUUGAUUAAAAAAAAAAAGCUUAAUACAUUGUUGUAAAAAUAAUUUGACUAAUUAAUGAAUGAAAAAGAAAUUUACAAAUUAUUUUUCAAAAAAAAAGUGCGGGUAGUGAAAUUUUAAAUAAAUUUUUUUUUCUUUUGUUUAUAUAAAAUCGUGUGUGUAAAUUAUAAGCGAGUUUUUAAUUAUUUUAAUUUUAUUAAAUAGUGUAUUGUGUGUAGAGUAUAAUUAAAAUUAAAUUGUGAUUAUUAAUAUUGUUGUUAAAAUGCCGGAACGUUUUAUUGUGACACCGGCAGACAAAAACAGUGUCGAGUACGAGUGCGGUUUGUUGGAGACUGAUCAAUCAUUAACCAACAAUUAUGGUGGAGGUGGUGAUGCUGAGCCAAUUGUUGAUAGUUCCAAUUUGGAAAAAAAAUCUGGCUAUGAAACUAAUCUCUAUCUCUACACUGAUGAUAUUAAUGAUAGACCAGUGGCAUCAACAUUUUUAAAAAAUUUGGCAAGUUAUGAAAAUACAAUACCACAAGCAACUGAUCCAGACAGUAAGCCAGGACAAAAUGCUGGCGGUGGUGGAGGUGGUGGAGGUGGUGGUGGUGGAGGUGGUGCAAGAAUGGGUACAAUUGUUGGUGUAUUUUUACCAUGUAUACAAAAUAUAUUUGGUGUUAUAUUAUUCAUUCGUCUUACCUGGGUUGUUGGUACUGCUGGAGCAAUUUGUGGUUUUUUGAUUGUUCUAAUAUGUUGUUGUGUCACAAUGUUAACAGCAAUAAGUAUGAGUGCAAUUGCAACAAAUGGUGUGGUACCAGCUGGUGGUUCAUAUUUUAUGAUAUCACGAAGUCUUGGUCCUGAAUUUGGUGGUGCUGUUGGUAUGUUAUUUUAUACUGGCACAACAUUUGCUGCAGCUAUGUAUACAAUUGGUGCUGUUGAAAUUGUUUUGACAUAUAUGGCACCAUGGUUAAGUAUAUUUGGUGAUCCAACAAAAGAUCCAAAUGUCAUGUAUAAUAAUUUUCGUGUUUAUGGUACUGGACUACUUGCAAUGAUGGGUUUCAUCGUAUUUGUUGGUGUUAAAUUUGUCAAUAAAUUUGCUUGUGUUGCACUUGCCUGUGUAUUAUGUUCAAUUGCUGCUGUUUAUGUUGGAAUAUUCUACAACUUUCAUGGAAGUGAUGCAUUAAAAAUAUGUGUACUUGGUAAUCGUUUAGUAAAAGACAUUGACAUAACUGAUUGCCACAAAAAUCCUGGUGGAAAAAUGUAUGAAGAAUAUUGUGGUGUUACCAAUAAUGGAAUGUGUGAUGAAUAUUUUAAAAAAUCAAAUAUAACUAUUAAAUCUGGUCUUCCUGGUCUUAACAGUGGUGUUUUUCAUGAAAAUAUAUGGGAUCGUUUUCAACAACAAGGAGAAUAUAUUGCUUAUGGAACAAAUACAACUGAUACAGUAAAAACAACAAAAUCAACAUAUAAUUUUAUUCAAUCUGAUAUAACAACAGCAUUUACUCUUUUGAUUGGUAUAUUUUUUCCAUCAGUAACAGGUAUAAUGGCUGGAUCAAAUCGUUCUGGUGAUUUGGCAAAUGCACAAAAAUCAAUUCCAAUUGGUACAAUUUGUGCAAUAUUAACAACAUCAACAGUAUAUUUAUCAUCAGUAUUAUUAUUUGCUGGUACUGUUGAUAAUUUAUUAUUACGUGAUAAAUUUGGUCAAAGUAUUGGUGGUAGACUUGUUGUUGCAAAUAUUGCAUGGCCAAAUGAAUGGGUUAUAUUAAUUGGUUCAUUUUUAUCAACACUUGGUGCUGGUUUACAAUCAUUAACUGGUGCACCACGUUUAUUACAAGCAAUAGCUAAAGAUGAAAUAAUACCAUUUUUAACACCAUUUGCUAAAAGUUCAAGUCGUGGUGAACCAACACGUGCACUUGUUGUAACAUUAAUAAUAUGUCAAUGUGGUAUAUUACUUGGUAAUAUUGAUAUACUUGCACCAAUAUUAUCAAUGUUUUUUUUAAUGUGUUAUGGUUUUGUUAAUCUUGCUUGUGCUGUACAAACAUUAUUACGUACACCAAAUUGGCGUCCAAGAUUUAAAUAUUAUCAUUGGACAUUAUCAUUUCUUGGUUUAUCAUUAUGUAUUGCAAUAAUGUUAAUGACAAGUGUAUUUUAUACACUUGUUGCAAUGGGAAUGGCUGGUGUUAUAUAUAAAUAUAUUGAAUAUCGUGGAGCUGAAAAAGAAUGGGGUGAUGGUAUACGUGGUUUAGCAUUAUCAGCAGCAAGAUAUUCAUUAUUAAAACUUGAAGAAGGACCACCACAUACUAAAAAUUGGCGUCCACAAAUAUUAAUAUUAGUUAAAUUAACAGAUGCACUUGUACCAAAAUAUCGUAAAUUAUUUUCAUUUGCAAGUCAAUUAAAAGCUGGUAGAGGUUUAACAAUUGCUGUUAGUUGUUUACCUGGUGAUUUUUCAAAAAAUUCUGGUGCAGCAAUAACAGCUAAAGGACAUUUACGUGCAAUUGCUGAUGAAGAAAAAGUUAAAGGUUUUGUUGAUGUACUUGUAACACCAAAUGUUACUGAAGGUUUAAGUGCACUUAUACAAACAACUGGUCUUGGUGGUAUGAAACCAAAUACUGUUAUACUUGGUUGGCCAUAUGGAUGGCGUAAUUCAUGUGAUGAAAGAACAUGGCGUGUAUUUUUACAAACAGUUAGAAAUGUAACAUCAAAUCGUAUGGCUUUACUUGUACCAAAAGGUAUUAAUUUUUAUCCAAAUUCAGCUGAUAAAAUUGGUGGUUGUAUUGAUAUAUGGUGGGUUGUUCAUGAUGGUGGUUUAUUAAUGUUAUUACCAUUUUUAUUAAAACAACAUCGUACAUGGAAAAAUUGUAAAAUGCGUAUAUUUACUGUUGCACAAAUGGAAGAUAAUUCAAUACAAAUGAAAAAAGAUUUAAAAAAACUUUUAUAUAAUUUAAGAAUUGAGGGAGAGAUUGAGAUUGUUGAAAUGACUAAUUCUGAUAUAUCAGCAUACACAUACGAGAGAACACUGGUGAUGGAACAACGUAAUCAAAUGCUACGUGAACUUCAAUUAAAUAAAAAAGAAGCACAAGGACUGGUGCCGACAUUGGUGGACUUCAACGAGGUACAAGCUGUUGUUGAUCAUCAUCAUAAUGUUGAAGCAAAAACAGCGACCAAGGUGAGAUUUGAAGAACCAGUUAAACAACAAAUAAAUGGAGUUGAUCAGACCAAAGAGUCAAAUGAUUGUGGUAAUGGAUCUGAUAAAAAGGAUGAUAAAUCAAUUGAUGAUGAACAAUCAACACAGUCAAAUAAAGAUGCAGAAAGUUCAACUGAUAAAACACCAAAAACUAAACAAAUUAAACCAGAUGAAGACAAUGUAAGGCGUAUGCACACUGCUGUUAAACUUAACGAGGUCAUACAAGCAAAAAGUCGUGAUGCACAGUUGGUAAUUCUAAAUCUUCCUGGACCACCUAGAGACACAAAAAUUGAACGUGAAUCAAAUUACAUGGAAUUUCUUGAAGUUUUAACUGAUGGACUUGAAAAAGUUUUGAUGGUACAUGGAGCUGGACGAGAAGUUAUUACAAUGUAUUCGUGAAGUGUAAAAUUGAUGAUGAUAUUAUUAGUUAAUUUAAAAUCACCAAAAAAUAUAAUACGCUAUUUUUUUUAACAGAUUAUUAUCUGUUUGAGUUUGAAAUUAUAAAAGAAAUUUAUAAUUAUUACACAUGACAAUGUGAUAGUUAAUUUUUUUUAUGUUUUAUUUAUUGAUUUGACUUUUUUUUUUUUUUGUUUUGUUGUUGAAAAUUUAUUGAUAAUUUAUUUUGAUAAAGAAAAAUUAUGGCUUAUUUUUUAUUUAAUAUAUUUUUUUUACUUUAAAUGAGUAUGCUGUAUCUAUAUUUCAGCUUAAGAAUAUAUUUAAACUUUAUCGACGAUAAAUUUCGAAUUCGAUUAAAGCUUACUUACCCUUUGGCCUCGUGAAAAUCUUCAUGAUGCCAAAAUAACGUGCCAAGGAUAAGUUUUCUUUAAAUUUUUAAAUAAAAAACUGCACUAUUAUUUUUUAAAUAUAAAUAUAAUUUAUCCGUCAAAAUAAAAUCUAAUAAUAUUUCAAAUAAUAAUAUAAUAACUUGAUUUAAUAAAUAAAAUACUUAAAUCAUUAUUAACACAAAAAAAUGAAAAAAAAAAAAUAAAAAAAACUCAUUGUAACGGAAAUCAAAAUUUUUGGUCUGUGUUUAAGGUCGAAGCAUCUAUGAAAAAUCACUGCCAGAAUAAUUUUCUAAAUGCUUCGUCGUUCAACCAAAGACAAACUACAUAGUGGCUCAUUUUUUCUACAUGCAUUAUUGUUCAAAAAAUGAAUUAAAAAAAAACCUAAAUAAAUAAAUAAAUUCAUUGCUUUUUAGAAAGAAAGAAAUAGUUAAACUUAAAAAUAAGAAACUUAAAUAAUGUGGAACAUUUAAAAACAAAACAGCAAUUAGAUUAAAAAAAUAUUUUUUAGUAAAUCUACAUCAGUCUUAAACUCAAAAUAAUUUAUCAUUAUUUUUCAUUGAUUAAAUAGAAAAAGGGAAUAUAAAUUUGAAUUAAUUUUGUGCCAUUAUAUUCAUAACAUCAUGCUAAUUAACAUUUAAUUUGUUUAUAAAUUUAAUUAUAAUAUGGAGAGACAAGUUACAGUCCCAGGCCUAUCAGUCAAAUGACAAGUCGAUAAUUUAAAAAUAACAAAAAUCGACCAAACGAAAUAUCAUGCAAAUUUAUUUAUAUUAAUUCAUAAUAAUUUGCAUGAAAUUAAUAAUCAAAUUAUUGAUUAUAAUCUCAUAUAGUAUUCAUAGAUAGUGCUAGUGAUAAUUUAAAGAAAAAAAUAAAUAAUUAAAAACAGAAGAGAAUUGAAUAGAGAAAAAAAAACAAGAGCGUGUUUAAUAAUUCAAAAAAUAAUAUGUCAGACUUUAGACAAGCACUGUUAGUUUAAUGAUCAAGCCUUUUUACUAAAAAAAAAAACAAUUAAACAAUUAUAGAAAUUAAAGCAUUAGAUGAAUUAUUCAAAAAUACAUUUAAUCAGAUUAAAAUUAUAUUAAUAAUAAUAUUCAGUGAUUGAUUCAUUGAUUAUUAUUAUAUAGAUAAAUAUUUCUGUUUUAAAAAUUGAUGUCUGUGAAAUAUAUAUGUUGGUUUAUUAUUAAAAAAUAAUAUUAUUAUUAAACAAAAAAAAGAAAAUAAGAUUUUAAAAAAAUAUCUGUAGACUUGAACACUAAUGAAAUUUUAAGAUAAAAUUAUAUUUAAAAAAUGAGGUUUAAAUUUGAGUAUUAUAUAAAAAUUAUAUUUGUUUUUAAAAUUAGAUAAAUUGUAUGUUUAAUGUAUAAAAAAAAAAAAAAUGCACAGACUAUACUCAGCAAUAGUAGAUAAAAAAAAAAACCUCGAAAGUAUAUUAUUAUGAAAAUUUAAAAUUUUUUAUUUCAUGUUAUUAUAAAUUGGCAUAUAUAUAUAUUUAAAAUUUAAAAAAUUAUUAUUAUAAUAUGAUAAAUUAUAUUGGCAAGUUUAUGAGAAAGAUAAAAAAUAUAUUUAAAAAAAUUUAAAUAAAUUCAUUAAUAUGAAUUUUAAAGUUAAAUAAUAUAAAUUUUAAUAUUAUUUUUACGAUAAUUCUUCAAAGCCAAAUCGAAGAUUCGCUAAAAAAAAAAAAAAUGUAACGUACCAUUAGUAUUUUAUGAUUUUUUUUUCGUUCAUUUUAUAUUGCAUAUUUCCUUCAUAAAUAUUUAUCUAUCUUCAUUUAUAAUUACAAUAAAAUUAACCAUUUAAAUCAUGUCUUUUACUACCGAAAAAUAAACCGUUUAACUACUUAAAAUUUUCACGAUAGCUAGUAUAUAAAAUCCUUCGAACAAAAAUAAAAUUAGAUAAAAAUAAAACAAAGUUUACUAAGCAAUAUAUAAAAUU